UAUCUCUCCAGGCAGUGUUCACAUGCUUAGAACUGAAGCUUUAGAAAUUGGCAGUGCUGUUUAAGCAAACAAAGCCAGUCAGUUGAAUGCAAUGAUUAACAGGAAGUUGGGGAGCGGACACAGUUGCCAACCCUUGGCCGGGAGAAGAAGCUGGGGUAGAAGUCGUAGGGGAUGACUUGCAGAAUGGUGAACUCAGCCCUUGGUGCUUUUACGGUAGAGAUAGGUGGCUGCGUUCGAAUCGGCAUCUCCCUGAGGCAGCUUGUUUUUGUGUGGUAACAGGUUGCAGGUUAACGGGAGCCAGAGCCAAGCAAAUCCAAAGAAGCUACUUCAGAAAUGUGUCGAAAAAAGGUGGAAAUGAAACACAGCGGAGAAUGAGAAGGGAAGGAAGACAGCAAAAGGACAAAACGGUCAACUGGAAGGGCACGGAGCAGCUCAUCAGAGUCGCGUCUACCGAGAGGAUGAUUUAUGGAUUCUGGAGAAAAUGUAAGUUAAAUAUAUCUAUACUCUGAUCAGCUCUUGAAGAACAUUUCCCUCCCUUUCUGGUCUUGAAUGAUGGUCUCUUGGAAGCAUUGUCUUUUUACUGUGUCUCUUAUCACUGCCCUGAUUUUUGUAUUUGUUUACAAUAACGAGUUAUGGGAGGAGAAGCAUUUUCUGAAGGCAUCUCUGUCCAAUGCUUCCCUGUUAGCACAAGUCUGUCACCAGAUUUUUAAGGGGAAGGUUUUUUACCCAAGAGAGAAUGCACUGAAAACUACCCUCAGCGAAUCUAGCUGUUACGAGUACGUGGCUCAUAGUCACUAUAUAACAGAAACACUAUCAGAAGAGGAAGCGGAGUUCCCUUUGGCUUAUACGGUGACCAUCCACAAAGACUUUGGCACUUUUGAGAGACUCUUCAGGGCAAUUUACAUGCCCCAAAAUGUCUACUGUGUUCACAUGGAUGAGAAGGCAACAGAUACAUUUAAAGAUUCAGUGAAGCGAUUACUGAGCUGCUUCCCAAAUGCUUUCCUGGCCUCCAAGAUGGAGCCGGUUGUCUAUGGGGGGAUCUCCAGGCUCCAGGCUGACCUGAACUGCCUCAAAGACCUUGCGGCGUCCGAGGUGCCCUGGAAGUACGCCAUCAACACAUGUGGGCAAGACUUCCCCCUGAAGACCAAUAAAGAGAUCGUUCGGUAUCUGAAAGGCUUUAAGGGUAAAAACAUCACCCCGGGGGUGCUGCCCCCCGAUCACGCCAUUGGACGGACUAAAUAUGUCCACCAGGAGCUAUUAAGUAAAAAAAAUUCCUACAUGCUUAAAACAAGAAAAUUGAAAACUCCACCUCCUCACAACAUGACCAUUUACUUUGGUACUGCCUAUGUGGCCCUCACAAGGGAAUUUGCCAACUUUGUCCUCCAAGACCAGCGUGUGCUUGACUUGCUCUCCUGGUCCAAGGACACUUACAGCCCUGAUGAGCAUUUCUGGGUGACGCUCAAUAGGAUCCCAGGAAUAUUUGGAAUAUGAUUCUGUGAGGGUUUAUUUGAAAUUCAUAUUAAAAUCUGAAUGAGUGAGAAAAAGAAACCUGACCACAGGUUUUGGUGGAGACGAGAGGAGAAAGGAAUGCAAAGGUGCCUAAGGGGAAGGAGCAGAAGAAGGAAGAGAGCUGGACAUAGUGGACCUGGAAGGGAAGACUCCCUGCAUCCCAUUUUUCUCUUCCCCUGGAGCCGGCCGACAGAUCAGCCCCGAUGGUCUUCUGUGUCGUCCAUGAAGCCCUGUGCCCUUGAUGGGGGAGGCCUGCUGUGGACGAGGCCACACUAGCGUGAGUCUACCAUCAUUGGCAAUUGGCUAAUCUCUUUAAUUGCCAUGUUUGUAGAAAUGCGAAGCAGAGGUGCCAAGCUCUUGAGAGAAGCAACUAUAGGAGUCAAAGAACAGUAGAUCUGAAUCAUGAGGGUCCUGGGAGCCCAUGCUUGUGGCCCCAGUGAUUUGGCUGGGAUCUUGCUAUGCCCAGAGGGAAUUCGUGUUCAUGUUCCUCAAACACCUUAUGCUUCCAAGAGCCCCUGGGUGUAUGGACAGACUUGCAGUGGGCGAGUGGUGUAAGUCGUACUAUUAGCUUGAACAGUAUCUUUUUCUGUCUGCUAGAAAAUACCAGUUUUUCAACUUACAGGAAAGGGAAUCCGUGAGUGGGGCCCCCAUGAGUUCUUUUCAAGGAAAUAUGGUCUCUUGAGAAGGUGAUAAAUGGUGUGACACACUUCAUCUUUAUGCAGCUAGAUUAGCAAGGAAAUAGUGGGAUUAGUUUUGUUUCUCUGGAAGAAAUGGGGGCAGGGCAGGGCAGGGGGGAAGUGGUUUGUAACUUUGAAUGAUCUCAUCUGUGCUAUACUUUUGUCUGCUUUCCUCUGGUCACUGAAUUUGUUCUUGGAGCUUUCUGUGGCUCAUACUUUAUCCUUACUUUCUUCUUUAUCCUUCCUCCCUAAGACUAUUCUUUCCUGGUUCUUUUCCUGGUCCUUUUCAUCAAGAGGAUGACCUGUGUUAUCUUGACAGUUAUACCCUCGUAAGACUGAGGUCACCUAGAAGUUCAGUGUCUUUUAUGGUUUAAGUUUUGGAAUGACAGGCUUACUUGCUUAGGAUGACUCAGCAGAGCCAAGGACCACUAGAGAUCUUGACACUUUUUUGAGUCUUUAAACUCAAGAUAAUGAUAAUUUCUGCAAAUCAGAAAUUGCCCUAAGAUGCCGUUUAGUUAAUUUAUAUGCAUUUUACAUAUCCACAUAUAUUACUACCAAAAAGGGUUUGCAUCAUUAGUGCCGACAUAUAUGAACAAACUUGCUUUGUUAAUUAGAGCAUAUUCCUGAUUUCUGAGGAACAAUGGGAGACAUGACCCUAGAUUAAUUAAAUUAAGAUAUUAAUAUUUAUAUUUAAUUAACCUAAUGAAUAUAUUAUUAAUAAUUAAUAUUCAGAGACAACAUUUCUUCGUCCUGUGGUGACCCAUCUUAAUUUUAUAGGGAGCAAGAUACAAAGUAGAUUGAAGAGAAAGACAAAGGAAGUGGUAGGCCUAACUGAACUAGAGUCAGUGAUCAAUUAGAAUGCUUUUAGACUCAGUGGUCUGUGGAGUGAGUGUGUUGAAUAUAAAUGAUCUAAAUAUCUGUUUACUCUGGAGUCAGUGAGUGCCCUCCAUCUGCUGGUGCGAUUUGAAAGCAGACUGUCUUGGCUUUGCCACCUACACUUAAUAACUUUGGGCAAGGUGCCUAAUUUCUCUGAGACUGAUUCUUUGUCUUUUCUUGAAGAUAACAUAUCUCUUGUGAGCCUGUUGGAAGGAUCUGGUAUGUUGUAGUCACUCAAUGUCCAGAAAGAGGGGAACAGACCAACUUUCUUGAUGUUGAUUUUUGAGGUUUUGGUGUUACUAUUCUAGAAUUUCCAUGUGUGACUAGAAGAACUCAUGCCCAUUUGGUUAUGAAGGUGUAGGGAUAGUAUUUCGCUAGAAAUGGGUAUGGGGCCCACGAGGUUACCCCUAGCGGUAGCUUUCCGUGGCCAUGUCACAUGGGUAGAGCCUUAAGUGGUUGGUUUCUCUUUCCUGUUAUUAGGAAGUAGUGUUCUGUGACUAGUUGAAAGCCUCCCACUCUGCCAAGCUUCUGUUGCUCUAGAUUGGCCUAAAGACAAAUAGUCUCCCCACCUUUGCUGGCUGUCCCCUUGUUCUGGAAUGUUCUUUACUCACAUUGCCCAUUCUGGACAUUUGUUAAGA